GCCGAGUCGGAGUACGAGUCUGUGCUGUGUGUGAAGCCGGACGUCAGCGUCUACCGGAUCCCGCCCCGGGCCUCCAACCGCGGUUACAGAGGUUCAUUCAUCCUGCAUCAAUAUCUUUGUGCUUGCUGACCUGUGCACUGGAUCCUGUGUGGUCUGCCUUUUGGCAAAGAGGUAGUUCUACUUCCUAGAAGCUUUCGAUCAGACCCCAAAUUGACCAUGAAUAGGAAUCAACAUGCCUUUUGAUGGCAGUCACAGGUACUGUGGCAUCUGACUGGAAAUUAGACCAGCCUGAUUGGACUGGUCGCCUCCGAAUCACUUCAAAAGGGAAGAUUGCCUACAUCAAACUCGAGGACAAGGUAUCAGGAGAGCUCUUUGCUCAGGCACCAGUAGAACAAUAUCCUGGUAUUGCUGUGGAGACAGUAACAGAUUCCAGCCGCUACUUUGUAAUCCGGAUCCAGGAUGGUACUGGGCGUAGUGCCUUCAUUGGCAUUGGCUUCACAGACCGGGGAGACGCCUUUGACUUUAAUGUCUCGUUGCAGGAUCACUUCAAGUGGGUGAAGCAGGAAUCUGAGAUUUCCAAAGAAUCUCAGGAAAUGGAUACUCGUCCCAAGUUGGAUCUGGGCUUCAAGGAAGGACAGACCAUCAAGCUGAGUAUUGGGAACAUUACAUCCAAGAAGGGAGGUGCUUCUAAGCCCAGGACUUCAGGGGCUGGGGGCCUGAGCUUACUCCCACCCCCGCCGGGAGGCAAAGUCACUGUACCACCACUGUCCUCCUCAGUUGCCAUCAGCAAUCACGUCACACCUCCACCCAUUCCAAAAUCUAGCCAUGGAGGCAGUGAUGCAGAUAUCCUUUUAGAUUUGGAUUCUCCUGCUCCUAUCACGACACCAGCACCAGCCCCAAUUUCUGCAAGCAAUGACUUGUGGGGAGACUUUAGCACUGCAUCCAGCUCUGUUCCAAACCAGGCACCACAGCCAUCCAACUGGGUCCAGUUCUGAGUAGUAUUGGCAGGACACUAAAGACAGAUUUGAAGAAUAAAAAUGACCUUGAGGGCACCAAUCUGUAAGGGAAGUUAGGAACCCCUUCCCUCUGCAGAACCAAAAUUACUGGACAAUCUUUUUUGUAGCUUCCCCAUUAUAUUCAGGCUGGUUUAUGUCACUCCCCAUGUUGUCACUUGCUGCACAGCCAAGAGAGUAUCUGUUAUCUCCUGCUCACUACCAAGGCAGGUGAACAGUGGAUCUUAUCGUGUUUGUGGCUGACUAUGCAGAGCUCAAAAGGCCAGUGUCUAUUUGAGGGGGAAUGACCCCUAAUGUCUAUGAAACUUUUCUCCAUCUUUUAAAUUCUUUAGCUAAUUUUAGAAUCAUCUCAUUGACUCUUGUGUGCCUCUUUGUGAAGCCCCAUUUAGCAAUUUCAGGGGAGACAAAAACCUUGAAACUUCCUUCUUCACUAACCCAAGACUUUAAAAAUGGAUAGGCUGACCUCAGUGUUUACAAGUUCAGAAUUUUGAUAGGGGUAGGUAUGGAGAAAGACCUGUUGCCUGGGUCUCUGCUGUAUAGCCUCCUUCAGGCUUUUCCUAUUCAGUGAACAUCCAGUGUUGAGUGCAGCUCCAUCACCCUCUUGUGUGUUUACAUGUCUCUUCCUGUGCUAAGAGGGUUGUAUUGGUGGCACCUCCACUAUUCUCUUAUUGAAUAGUGCAAUGUCUUGACCAGUGGGUGUCUCUGGGAUGAAGGAGGUUCAAGAGGCUGUGCUUUCCAAGUUAUAUUCUAUAGAAGUGUUUAAUUUCUUGCAGCUCCAUCUAGUUGCUGCAUUUGAAGCAUGACAUUAAUUUGUGUUUGCCCCAUUAUUUGGCCUAAAGUUGAAGAGUUUAGAGUUUUUAACCUGAUCUGCAGAGCAGAGAGGUUGAAAGCACUUAACUCUUGUUCAGUACCCAAGUUGCCUUUCUGCUUGGGUAUCUGGCCCCUUUCCAUAAACAUUUCUUUUUUAAUCCAUCUUGCUCUUCAGUAGAAAGUUGCUAUUACAUAUAUUGUCAUUUGUGAAGGGAGUUGGAGAGUCACAGCUUUAUUUGUGUAGGUUUUGCCCAAAAAGCAAGUUGCUCUUUCACCACUCUCCUUUCCCUCUGUCCCGUCAUUCCUUUUACAAUGCUGUGAAGAGAGUGCCCUUUCUCGGAUGAAUGGGUACUAUCUAUUUUGUUUUUUAGUGGGCAGUUUUGAGGAUGGAAUGGGAAGAUAGAACAUCUUCCCUUAGCACCUAUUUGGACGUGUACACUCUGGCUGAAGGGAGUCCUUAUAUUUAGUUUCAAAAUGUAUUCUCUCUCCUGGAUUUUCUUCUUAACUCUUUCUAACUUCGGGUCCAUUUUUUUUUUUUUUUUCAUUGUCUCCCCUUCCAGGCAGCUCUAUUUUUGCAGAGCCAUGGUAGGACAUUUUAAGAUUCCAAUAGAAAACACUAAAAGGAAAGUAUGUGUAAUCAUUGGUGACUAACUACUGGGAACUUAUUUUCUCAGUCUUCCUCCAUGUUGUGUUCUUUGUAUUCUCAAGAUGAUAAUAUAUUAUGUAUUUGAAUUGCUGAAAAAUUGAAAAUGUUUAAGAUUAUGUAUAUAAAGCAUAUGCUGUAU